CGACAGUACUGAAGGGGCGGGGCUACAGAGUUCGUCGCCAUUAUAGGAACUUUCAUCCACACCCAUCCUGAGGGGAGAGGGGACCGUACAGUGAGAGGAGAUUACGGAAGUGUCUGCACCACAUCACAGCCCCAGCAGCAUCACAGUCACAUUUGCAGCUCACCAGUGUGCCUGGGUAACAACAUACCGCACUGGUGACACAGAAAACAACCAGGCAGUAGAAGUUCCAGCUUGAGGUAAGUGCCUGUGCCGGACAGCAGAAAGGAUUAGAACCAGUAACUCAGACGCACACAGAGGCCGGGAACAGAAGGCGAUAAUGGAGAAUGGCCGUGUCCCCACGUCACUGGAAUUACAUGAAGAUCCAUCUGUUCAUAUUGAGGAAUAUGUCCCUUGUGAAAAAGAAAAUCUUCUACAUCCUGACAUUAAGGAGGAACCAGUCUCCUGUGAUGGAGGAGACCUCACACACACUGACAUGUAUACACCCACAGAUCAUACACAGUAUACAUCUACUCAUAUUAAGGAGGAACCGGCCUCAUUUGAUGGAGGAGACCUCACACACACUGACAUGUAUAUACCCACAGGUCAUACACAGUAUACAUCAACUCAUAUUAAGGAGGAACCAGCCUCGGGUGAUGAAGGAGACCUCACACACACUGACAUGUAUACACCCACAGGUCAUACACAGUAUACAUCUACUCAUAUUAAGGAGGAACCAGCCUCAUAUGACAGGGGAACCCUCACACAUACUGACAUGUAUACACCCACAGAUCAUACACCGUAUACAUCUACUCAAACUGAGGAGGAACUAGGGUCUUCUUCCAAAGGUGAAACAUGUGUUAAGAACAGGCCCAGUCAUGUUGGACACCAGAGGAAAAAACAUCUAAAUAUCAAUAGAGACAAAUCUUGGUCCUGCCCUGUAUGUGGAAAAUGUCUUACUAGUAAAACCCUGUUUAAUAAGCAUCAGAGGAGUCACAUGGAAGAGAAACCAUUUUCCUGCUCUGAGUGUGGCAGAUGUUUCACAUUUAAAUCACAUCUUGUUAAACAUCAGAGAACUCACACAGGCGAGAAGCCAUUUCCAUGUUCUGAAUGUGGGGAAUGUUUUCCACGGAAAUCAUCUCUUGUUAUACAUCAGAGAAAUCACACAGGCGAGAAGCCAUUUCCAUGUUCUGAAUGUGGGGAAUGUUUUCCACGGAAAUACUCUCUUGUUGUACAUCAGAGAAAUCACACAGGAGAGAAGCCAUUUCCAUGUUCUGAGUGUGGGAAAUGUUUUUACGCUACCUCAAAUCUGAAAAUUCAUGUGAAGAUCCAUACAGGAGAGAAAUUAUUUUCCUGCUCUGAAUGUGGAAAAUGUUUUAUGCGCAAAUCUGACCUUGUUACACAUCAGAGAAGUCACACAGGAGAGAAGCCAUUUCCUUGUUCUGAGUGUGAGAAAUGUUUUAACCGUAGCUCACAUCUGAAAAAACAUCAGAAGAUCCACACAGGUGAGAGGCCAUUAUCCUGCUCUGAGUGUGGGAAAUGUUUUAUAUGUAAAUCAGAUCUUGUAAUACAUGAGAGAGUUCACACAGGUGAGAGACCAUAUCCAUGCUCUGAGUGUGGGAAAUGUUUUAAAGCGAAAGCACAACUUACUUUGCAUCAGAGAGGUCACACAGGUGAGAGACCAGCUAGAUGUUCUGAGUGUGGGAAAUGUUUUGUACAGAAUUCUGAUCUUGUUAAACAUCAGAGAAGUCACACAGGUGAGAAACCAUUUCCAUGCUCUGAGUGUGGUAAAAGUUUUAAACAGAAAUUAUGUCUUGUUAUACAUCAGAGACGUCACACGGGUGAGAGGCCAUUUCCAUGUUCUGAGUGUGGAAAAUGUUUUUACCAUGGGUCACAUCUGAAAAGACAUCAGAAGAGCCACACAUAGGAAAGAAGCCAUUUUCCUGCUCUGAGUGUGGGAAAUGUUUUACCGUUAGCACAAGUCUGAAAACACAUCAAAAGAUACAUACAGAGCAGAAACCAUGUUCUGGCUCCAAAAGUGGGAAAAGUUUCAGUCCUAAGUCAAAUCAGAAAGUAUAUAAAACAAGUCACGCAGGAGAAAAACUAUAAUUUCUCUGACGUCCUAGUGGAUGCUGGGAACUCCGU